GAAAGACAAUGGGAGGAGAUUUGUGUGCAGGAAUAAGAAGUGGUAGCUCAUGGAGCCAAACGGAGAAACGCUUCAACGAGGCCGUUUCGAAGAGCCUCAUCGGAAGGUACUUCAAGUUGGAAGCUAGGAAGACCAGCUUCACACGAGAACUUCGUGCUGCCACUGCCACCUUCGUCACCAUGGCCUAUAUCAUCUCCGUCAACGCCACCGUCCUCACCGCUUCCGGUGGAACCUGCUCCGCUGCCGACUGCUCACCUCCGGCCACCUCAGACUGUGUCCUCCGGCCCAACGACGGCUACCAAACCUGCCUUUCCAAGACCAAGAACGAUCUCGUUGUGGCCACUAUUUUAUCAGCCAUGAUUGGGUCCAUGGCUAUGGGAGUCUUAGCCAACUUGCCAUUCGGCUUGGCCCCAGGUAUGGGACCCAACGCUUAUGUUGCUUUUAACUUAGUCGGCUUUCACGGAACCGGGCCGUUGUCCUACAAAACUGCGCUAGCCGGGGUUUGCAUUGAGGGAUGUUUGUUUCUAUUAGCUUCAGCUCUCGGCUUACGUGGGAAGCUCGCUAAGCUCAUACCACAUUCGAUUCGGCUCGCUUGUGGGGCCGGGAUUGGGCUUUUCAUCGCCUUCGUGGGCCUGCAGGCCAAUCAGGGCGUUGGACUUGUUGGGCCCGAUCCGUCUACUUUAGUGACUAUCACUGCAUGUGCCGACACAAACCCAGAUACAGGGGAAUGCAUGGGAGGGAGGAUGCAAAACCCAAAAUUCUGGCUUGCGCUUGUUGGGUUUCUUAUUACGAGUUACGGAUUAAUGAAAAAUGUGAAGGGUAGUAUGAUUUAUGGCAUUUCGUUUGUGACUUUUGCUUCAUGGUUUAGGGGAACAAAAGUAACAUUUUUCCCUGAAACUCCACUUGGUGAUGAGAAUUACAAUUAUUUCAAGAAAGUGGUUGAUUUUCACAAGAUUGAAUCCACUUUAGGAGUUCUCAGCUUCAGUGAUUUUCAUAGAAGUGAGGUUUGGGUGGCAAUAGUCACACUAUUCUACGUGGAUGUGCUUGCCAGCACAGGAACUAUAUACACUAUGGCAGAAGUUGGUGGCUUUGUAGACGAAGAUGGAAACUUUGAAGGUGAAUACUUUGCUUACUUGGUUGAUGGAGCUGGAACCAUUGUGAAUUCUGCAUUAGGUGUUACGACAAUGGCGACUUUUGUCGAAUCGUCAAUCGGAAUGAGAGAAGGAGGCCGGACAGGCUUAACAGCUGUGAUCAUAGGCUUAUUUUUCUUCAUUUCACUGUUUUUUGCCCCUCUGUUGUCCAGUGUUCCUCCUUGGGCUAUAGGACCUUCAUUGGUCAUGGUGGGAGUUAUGAUGAUGAAGAUGGUGAAGGAUAUAGAUUGGAGCAAUAUAAAAGAGGCAGUGCCUGCUUUUGCCACAAUGAUUCUGAUGCCACUUACUUAUUCUAUAGCAAAUGGGAUAAUUGCUGGGAUUGGGCUCUAUGCUCUUAGUCUAUAUGACUAUGCUGCAGCUGCGAUAAGGUGGUUCAUGAAGAUGAGAAAAAUGGUGGUGAAGGAACACAACCAAGUGUCCGCAACAACUCUUGUAGAUUCAGCAGCUGAAAACAUAUGAUUUUGGUUAUUAGUUAUGAUCUAUGUUUGUAACCUGUGUGAAAUACAAAUGGUGGUAGCGACAAUAGGGAACAAGCUGCCAUUGAGGCGUAUAUGCAAUCUUUAUAGUUUAGUCUUAUAUUUGUCA